AAAUGUGACGAUUGUGGGUUUCUUCUUUAACUAAAAUUACAGGUACAUUUUCGAGUCAGUACUUUUUUUACUUGAAGGCUUUUUUAGUGACCAUCUAGCUAAGUCAGUAAAUUAGUUGUACUUGAGUACAGUGUCAGUGUGUGUGUUCUUUGGCCCCCUCUGAAGAACCCCUGCGUGUUGGGGAGGUUCUCCAAGCCACUAGGUGGCGCUGUGGAAAUCGUCAUGUCCUUAUUUGAGCGGUCAAGAAGUCCCGACGAUGCAGCGAGUCAAUUUUUGUGUCAGGUGAUGUCGACGUAAAUCAGUAAAUAAAGUUACAUGUGAAGCCAGUUGUACAAAUGGCGUCAGCUGUUUUAUUUUCCGUGCUCUUGUAUGCUGUUUCCGACGGACUGUCUUUCAACAACAAGGAGCCCUGUUAUGUCCCCGCGCCGAGGAACGACGGCUUCGGUUUGAGGACCUCGCCUCGUCCUCACGAAUAUCUUAACAUUUCUGAUCUGCCUAAGUCGUGGGACUGGAGGAACGUUGGCGGUAUCAACUAUGUCAGCACCACCCGCAAUCAGCACAUUCCUCAGUACUGCGGCUCAUGUUGGGCUCACGGCAGUACCAGCGCAAUAGCAGAUCGCAUCAAUAUUAAGCGGCAAGGGGCGUGGCCAUCCGCCUACCUCUCCGUGCAGCAUGUGGUCGACUGCGGAGGAUCCGGGACUUGCCACGGCGGGGAUCACGGUGGAGUGUGGGAGUAUGCCAACACCCACGGCAUCCCGGACGAGACGUGCAAUAACUACCAGGCCAAAGACCAGACAUGUAAACCAUUCAACGAGUGCGGCACCUGCACCACAUUUGGCGUAUGCAAUGUCGUGAACAACUAUACCUUGUGGAAGGUGGGCGAUUACGGCAUGGUCAGCGGGAGGGAGAAGAUGAUGGCAGAGAUCUACGCGAGAGGACCCAUCAGCUGUGGGAUCAUGGCGACAGACAAACUGGACACUUACAAUGGUGGUCUCUUCUCCGAGUACAUUGAGAACCCCAUUGUGAACCACAUUGUGUCAGUGGCGGGAUGGGGAGUUGAGAACGGCGUGGAGCACUGGAUUGUAAGGAACUCCUGGGGAGAGCCAUGGGGUGAGAAGGGCUGGCUCAGGAUCGUCACCAGCGCUUACAAGGGAGGAAGUGGCAGUUCCUACAACCUCGCACUGGAGACAGACUGUGCCUAUGGAGACCCUAUAGUCCCUAAAGACUACUGAGUCUAGACAUAUCAGGACUCUGUGGAUACAUUUUAAUCAUAACUGAAAAGGGAAUGUUCAAUUAUUUUUCUGUGUAAAAUGUAUUUUAAAUUUGAGUGCCAAAUGAAUGGCACUGUUUGAUUUUCAGAGACUGUUGAACAGUCUUAAAUGGUAAAAUGUUAAAUUAUCAGGAUGAGAUGUGACAAAGCAAAAUUCCCACACUUAAUAGAAAAUACUGGCUGACUUAUACAAAUCAAAAUGCUGCUUUGCGUCUUAAAAUAAAAAAAACAUUUAGAAAUGCAUGUUGAACCACUGUCACGUUCUGCUGCUUUGCGAGUCCUACACAGCUGAUUAAAGUGUGCCUUACACUACAAA